AUGUCGAACAAAAUCGGAAAUACGGCUAUCUCGUUCGCCAGAGUAUGGCACCAUGUCGACAUAUCAGAGGACCCCAGGACGAUGGGUCGUAUAGCUACCCAGGUGGCCAUAGCGCUUAUGGGAAAACACAAGCCUAUUUAUCACGAGACCCAGGAUGUUGGAGACUACGUUGUGGUGUCGAACUGCUCGCAUCUCAAAAUCACCAAUCCGGAAUCUAAGACCUACUUCUCACACACCACCAGACCAGGUUCUGCCAAACACACGCCGCUUGCCAAACUCGCGGCUGACUCGGGAUAUUCUGAGGUAUUCAGGAGAGCUGUAAGCAAGAUGUUGCCCAAGAACAAGCACCGUUGGUCGAGACUGGCCAGAUUGAAGUGUGUUGAUGGAAGCGAACACCCAUACAAAAAUAACCUCAUUGCGUUUGCAGACGAGCAACCCGAGGUGGUGAAGAAGUUGGCCGAGUUGGAACACAAGAAGAAGAUUCAGGCGGAAUAUGAUGAGAGGAUUGCUGGAAAGAAGUUUUAG